AUGGCAUCCUCAUCCUCAUCAUCAUCCUCUUCCUCAUCCUCCCCCCGGACACCUGCACCAACACACUCGUGGAAGACGGAGACGCUUCUCAAGCGCGACGCGAAAGCCAGUGCGGGAAUUCAGACGGAGGGCUGCAAGAAGCCUGGAGUCAAUCCCAGAGGACACAAGGUGGAGGACAUCCUGGAGGAGGGUGGGAUAAAAGCAGAGAAUCUGGAGGAAACACACAGUCUCAAACCAAGGACCCAGGAGGAGCAAGGCGGCAACUUUACCGGCUAUGCCAACACGAAAAAGCUGGACGUAAUAGAAGGGAUUUACUUUGGCUUUUCGGAGAAUCUUGGUCAGAAUCCACAGCAUGAAAACAGGUUAUACGCAGACAUCAUCGGCAAGUCCGAAAACAUGCACAAAUUAUCAGUCAACGCCGUUCGUAGUUCACCUACAGCGGGCACGCGGAGCACAUACCGGAAGUGGACUCGCUGCCACCUCUUCCGCGAGAGCAGGCUUUGUCGCCAUGGCAACUGCGCGGCGGCAGCAUCCUCCCGUUCGUCUGUACCCUGCGCGCGCGGACAGCUGAGCUUAGCUAAAUGUGCUUCCAAAAUGGCGACGGGACGUCAAACAUUUGUAACGGUGCUCUUCUGCUCGCUCUGUUGUGUGACAUUCGCUGUGAUUCUCAGAACUACAGACAAAGACGUAUGGGCCAAUGAAUUUGAAUCAAUCGAGUUGACCUGCUUGAUAGAGUCCAUAUCUACAAACAACCCAAGAAUUGAAUGGAAGAAAAUCAAAAAUGGGGUUCCCAGUUAUGUAUAUUUCCAAAACAAAAUAUCAGGCGAUUUGGAGAACAGGGCACUAUUAAGAGAACCUGCAAACCUACUGAUCCUGAAUGCCAGCAGAUCAGACAGUGCAAUGUAUCGCUGCGAGGUGGCUGCCAUUGAUGACCAGAAACCCUUCGAUGAAAUACUUAUAAGUCUGGCUGUGAGAGUGAAGCCGGUGGUACCACGGUGCAGCGUACCAAAUUCAGUCACUGCAGGCUCUUCAACAGAGCUACGGUGCAUGGAGAGCGAAGGCUACCCUCUGUCUCACUACCAAUGGUUUCGCAACAGCGAGGAGCUGCCCGAGGACCCCAAAACCACCGUCCGCUUCUACAACUCCUCAUAUGUCAUGAAUGCUGAGACCGGCUCACUGAAAUUCAGAGUAGUGAGGAAAGAAGAUGCAGGGGAGUACCACUGCCAGGCCAGGAAUGAUGCUGGUUACGCAAAAUGCGAAGCACAGCUUAUGGAAGUCUAUGAUUUCGACAUCGGGAUGAUGCUCUUGAAGAUUGUAGCAGGAGUGAUCGCGUUCAUCCUUUUAACAGCAGGGCUCUGCAUGGCUCAAAAACACGGCUACUGUUCCUGCAGGGAGCACACAGAGAACGAUUAUAAAGUUCCUCAGUACGACAGUGGAAAGGACUGCGUCUCAGCCGAUGAGGGGCAUUUCCGGCACAAAUCCUCAUUCAUCAUAUGACCAAGAAGGAGGAUGGCGAGGGAGAAGCGGGAGAGACACAGCCGAACUGUGUGCCGCUAAAUACGAACUAACACGAUCUGACUUUUCUUCUAAGGUGCAUAAACACAAUCUUCUUUGCCAAAGCUGUUAACAAACAUCGCAGUACUUUACAGACAGAUCCGGUAUUACAAAUUCUCUGGGAAAGUUUGCUUCCUCAUGUGUUACAGGAAGGAUUGCGUUCGUCCUUUUCCAAGCAAAUGUAAGGAAAAGGUUGUCAAGGGGGUGUCAGUCAGUCACUGAGCUAAAUACUGUAUUCUGUGUUUCACACUAAAAUCAGUUUUUAAUACUGGUGUGUGUGUGUAUGUGUAUGUGUGUGUGUGUGUUGCAGUGCCAUGCGCGGCUGUUUUUGAUAUGUCAGGGUCAUGGGAUGUUUCGUUGUUUUAGUGCAAGUUACAAAGGAUGUAAGGACAGUGUAAUGUUUUAAAGCCAGGUUUCAGUGUUCAAUCAAAAGUCCUGGACUCGGUUGUGCAAAAUGACAAACUAACUACUUUUAUUUAUUUAUUCUUUUUUAAUAAUAAUAAUAAUAAUAAUAAUAAUAAUAAUAGAUACACAUUAUGUAUUUUACAAUUCUGUCAGAGUGAUCUCUCUUUCUCUCUCUCUCUCUCUCUCUAAGUGACCUUCUGUAAUUUUUUUAUUGUUUUAUAUUAGAAUCGUUUGGACAAAAUGUCCAGUUCUGUGGCUGUGUUCAUGCUUUACUAUUAUAUUUGGUUGGAAUGGAGAGGCUGGAAAGAAAAGAUUGUGGGCCAUGACCAAUACAUAACGCUAAUAGUCAUGACUUGAAUUACACUAUUUGGAAAUUUCCAGAUUUCUUCCUGUUCCAUUUCUUUUUCAGUCAGAUCCAAUUAUCUCAUUGACACAAAAUCAUUUUCUCCCACGAUGCCGGUUUUUACAGUGGCUUUCUACUCCAAAGAAGCUGUUCCUGACUGUUAAAUACAUACAAAAUGUCUUACAAUUCUGUGAGUUUUGACAACUUGUCUUCCAUGAUGGCAUGUCCCACUGUCUUACAGGCCGCAUGACCGACUGUUAUUACGAAUGCUGUAAAAAAAAAACAAAAAAACAAUGCACCGUGGAAAAGAAGGGUUAUGGCUGAGCUUCAGACAGUGCAGUCUCUUGUAUUAGAAAUGAAAUAUUACUGCUUUAAGUGCCGGAUUGUGAACUGUGCUGGGUUUUGAUUUAUGUUGGAGAUGUUUGCAUGGCUAAAGCAGAACUAUGAAGAAAUGCUCAAAAAUGCUUACAACAAUUUAACGAAACGUAUACACACAGUAUUUAGCCUCACCACAACUGCCUGUUUGAUACAGAAAUAUUGUAGCGUAUCUUAUAAAAAGAACAGCUAUCGAGUCUAAUGGGAUAUUUGUUACCUUUCAUUACCAGCUCAUUAUAGUCAUGUUUGCUUCUGAACUCACAUAUACACCGAUCAGGCAUAACAUUAUGAGCAGUGAGAGGUGAAGUGAAUAAGACUGAUGAUCUCCUCAUCAUGGCACCUGUUAGUGGGUGGGAUAUAUUAGGCUGCAAGUGAACAUUUUGUCCUCAAAGUUGAUGAGUUAGAAGCCGGAAAAAUGGACAAGCGUAAGGAUUUGAGCGAGUUUGACGAAGGGCCAAAUUGUGAUGGCUAGACCACUGGAUCAGAGCAUCUCCAAAACUGCAGCUCUUGUGGGGUGUUCCCGGUCUGCAGUGGUCAGUAUCUGUCAAAAGUUGUUCAAGGAAGGAACAGUGGUGAACCAGUGACAGGGUCAUGGGCAGCCAAGGCUCACUGAUGCACGUGGGGAGAGAAGGCUGGCCCGUGUGAUCCGAUCCAACAGACGAGCUACUGUUGCUCAAACUGCUGAAGACGUUAAUGCUGGUUCUGAUAGAAAGGUGUCAGAAUACACAGUGCAGGACGGGUCAGGGCUGUUUUGGCAGCGACCAACACAAUAUUAGGCAGGUGGUCAUAAUGUUAUGCCUGAUUAGUGUGUAUUCUGUCUAAGAAGGUGCAUUCUGGCCAAAAUGAUUCCAUAACUAUACAUGAUUAUUAAAUAUUCUUUUACGUCAGAUUGCAGUUUCAGAUAUAUAUCCUUUAUCUGAAAUAAACGCUAUAUCUAUAUCUAUAUCUCUAUAUAUAGCUAUAUAAAAUAUAUCUAACAUUCCAAGUAUAACGAAAUAUUUUACGUGUGCCAUCAUCUACAUGACAGAAGGAGAAGCUCACCUGUCGUCCUGUUGUUUCCGUAUCGUCCGAGCGUGUUCUUUUUAAUGAUGUGGUGUCGGUAACAAUUUGGUAAAAAAAAAAAAAGAAAAAAAAAAGUUGUAAUGUACUUCUAAUGUAAGAGUUGAACAGCAUUAAACCGGUGUAAAUGUAUUUCUUUCCUGUAAAGUAGAUGACCACAUUACUCAGGAGUUUGACAGAAAGUGACAAUUUCUGUACAUUGUUAGAGUUUUAGCAAUUCUAUAUGUUUUCUUUAAUAAAGAUGUUGUUAUAGAA